CUCUCUAUCUCUACGAAACCAAAACGAUUUUCGCUCUCCCGAAAAAAUAAAUUUUCUCGGCAAAAUUGGAACUUUCUCUCUCUAAUAAACCGCAUCAAUCCCGACGCGGCCAGCGAUUUUCCUUCCCCUUUCCCUCACUUUCCCGUCGUUUUCUCGCUCACUUUCCCACCGCCCCCUCCCCCUCCCCGUCCCUUCCUCCGACAGCCGAUGAAUCCUUCGAUUCCGUAGAUUCCCUCCCCGCCGGCGGCAGCCGCAUUCCGGAUCGCUCCUCUCGUCCGCCUCGCAGCGCUCGACCUCGCUUCCGCCCGCGCGCGCCCGCGCAUAUAUAGAAACCUCGGCCCGCCGAAGCUCGAUUCGAGGGAGGAGGGGUGCAACUUCGAGGCAGCUCCUCCGUCUUUUUUCUCGAAUCUCUAGGGUUUGGCUGGCGAUCUCGCGUUGCGGGCGAGCGGGUGUGUUGUGCGUGAUUUCGCGCCGCCGCGCGAGCCGCCGUGGAUGAGAGCUUGGUGCCGGAUUCGAUGAACAUGGACAUCGCGGUCGGCGACGUCGCGUCCCUCGACGCGGACCUGCUGCAGCUCGGCGAGCUGUCCCCCGUGGCCCUCAAAUCGAACCCUAGCUUCGUCGAGAGGAUCUUCGACCAGUGGCUCUCGCUUCCCGAGAGCAAUCGCCUGGUGACAUCAUUGCUUAAUGAUGCAAAGGCAGGUCAUUCUCUGAAUGCCCUUGGAAACUCUUCUACUGCAACUACUUCUGCAAGCAAUUCACUACCUUCACUAUUUCCUGCUGGCAGUACGCCUCCACUUUCUCCAAGAAGCACUUCUGGUUCUCCUCGCACGAUAAAACAGAGGGCUGGCCCUUCUAAUUUAGGCUCUCCCUUGAAAGUAGUGAGUGAGCCAGUCAGAGAAAUAAUCCCCCAGUUUUACUUUCAGAAUGGGCCACCCCCUCCAGUUGAAUUGAGAGAACAAUGUUUGUAUAGAAUCAAUCAUUUUUUCUAUGGUCGUUCAGAAGGAUUGCAGAUAAAUGAGUUUAAGCUUGUAACUCGGGAAAUAUGCAAGCUGCCAUCAUUCUUCUCAACAUCUCUGUUCCGGAAAAUUGAUUGUAACGGUACUGGAUUUGUGACGAGGGAUGCAUUUAUUGAUUAUUGGGUCAAUGGCAAUAUGAUGACAAAGGAUAUAGCUUCUCAGAUAUAUACAAUUUUGAAGCAACCAGAGCUCAGAUAUCUUACUCAGGAUGACUUUAGACCUGUGCUUCAAGAACUUUUGGCCACUCAUCCAGGUCUGGAGUUUUUGCAGAGCACGCCUGAGUUUCAGGAUAGAUAUGCUGAUACUGUAAUAUACCGAAUAUUUUACUACAUAAAUAGGUCUGGAAAUGGGCAACUUACCUUGAGGGAGCUGAAACGUGGAAACUUAAUAGAUGCAACGCAACAUGUUGAUGAAGAAGAAGAUAUCAACAAAGUAUUGAGGUACUUCUCUUAUGAGCAUUUCUAUGUAAUAUACUGCAAGUGGUGGGAACUGGACACGGAUCAUGAUUUCUUAAUAGACAAGGAGAACCUUAUCAGAUAUGGUAAUCAUGCAUUGACUUACCGAAUUGUCGACAGAAUAUUUUCUCAGGUUCCAAGGAAGUUUACAAGCAAAGUUGAAGGAAAAAUGGGAUAUGAAGAUUUUGUUUACUUCAUAUUAUCUGAGGAGGAUAAGUCAUCUGAGCCUAGUCUCGAAUAUUGGUUCAAGUGCAUAGAUUUGGAUGGGAAUGGAGUUCUGACAAGGAACGAAAUGCAGUUCUUUUAUGAGGAGCAGUUGCAUCGAAUGGAAUGCAUGGCACAAGAACCAGUGCUUUUUGAGGAUAUUUUGUGCCAGAUCAUUGACAUGAUUGGACCUGAGAAUGAGAGUUAUAUUACACUACAUGAUCUCAAAGGUUGUAAACUCUCUGGAAGUGUUUUCAAUAUCCUAUUCAACCUCAAUAAAUUUAUGGCCUUUGAAACUCGUGAUCCAUUUCUGAUUCGUCAGGAGAGGGAGAACCCUACCUUGACUGAAUGGGAUCGCUUUGCGCACAGAGAAUAUAUUAGGCUGUCGAUGGAAGAAGAUGUCGAAGAUGCAUCCAAUGGAAGUGCAGAAGUUUGGGAUGAAUCACUUGAGGCUCCCUUCUGAGACCACCUUGAUUAUGAAUAGAAGCUUUGAUCAUUCUCCGUGCUAGCUGGUGGGCUGGAAGUCACCUUGAGAAAUUUGACCAGAAGUGGCUGUGCAUCCAUCAGAACUCAAACUUGGUGACAGCUGUUUGGUCUUAUCUUGGAUUUCCUUCAGAAGAUGGCCUUUGAUUUUAUUUGUUUGCGUUAGCUGACUGAUAGGGAGGGACUAACAGUGGAAUGUUUCAGAGCCACCGUAGCAUGAGGGCAAAGUUUCUGUGAAGGUGUAAGCAGAGAGAGUUUAAGUGCGUCAAGGCCCAAAAGGGGCAGUUCGGGAGACAUCGAGUUUCUAUUCUUAAGUGUAUGGUAUGUCAUUUUUUCCCCUAUGGUAGCGGGUUGGUCAUCCCUUCUUGAACAUAGGUUGUCCCUUAAGAAAAACUGUGUGUGUAGGUUGUCCCUUAAGAAAAACUGUGUAGGCACAUUUUUGUCUUCUUUUAGAGCCCUAUCUUUUAGCAAAUUUUGUUCAUAUAUUGAUAACUUAUACCUUAAUAGUUGAUGUGACAGUUUUCAUUGAA